CGCUGUACAUUUCUCUUUCCGUUCUUCGUUUCCCACAAACAAGUCGCGAAACCCACACAAACGCAAUGGCAGAUGAGGACUACGACAUGGACGGGGGAUACGAAGAUGAGCCAAUUGAACCGGAACCCGAUGAAGGUGUAGAGUUGGAAGAAGAGAACAAUGAAGAUGCUCCAGAUGACAUUGUAGGCGAAGGCGAAGAGAAACAGGAGGUCGAACCAGUUGAACGCCCUCGGAAAACGUCCAAGUAUAUGACCAAAUACGAGCGUGCGAGGAUUUUGGGUACGCGGGCGUUGCAGAUAAGCAUGAAUGCUCCAGUGAUGGUUGAGUUGGAGGGCGAAACGGAUCCACUUGAGGUAAAAUUGGGAAUAAUGAUAAUGAAUUUAUUAGCUUCCAUUUUCUUGUUACCUUUGCUUAUAUGCUUUAUUGAUCCCUUGACUGAAAGGCUAAGCCCCUGUUUGGCCCCAUAUUCUAAAAGCUCGAUCUUCUUUUUUCUUUUUUUUUUUAUCCAUCCACACAUUCGAUGGGAAAGCACAACAUUUAUUAACUUUUCAAUCAAACAUUUCAUCAAUUUUUUUUUUAUCAAAAUCUACUAAAAAUCUAAUUUCUUU